AUGGCGACGCUGGACAGCGACAUGUUCAAGUGUUGUCACAGGCUGGACGUGCUGCGAUGGGUGCAGGACGACUAUGCGCUCUCUCUUCUCGAGCGCGCGACAACCCAAGUACGCCCCAUUAUGGCGAAACGAAAGUGGACCGUUCCCUUAGUAGCAGAAUUCUACCCGGACGCAGCGCGGCUGCUCGGCCUCAACCACAACCACGGCGCAAAAAUCCAGAUUCGGCUCCGCUCACCAAACAACCCUGAAGUAUUCCUUCCGUACGAAAACAUCCUCGGCACGCUGCUCCACGAGCUAACGCACAUUGAAAUCGGGCCACACAACGACGCCUUCUACGAGCUGCUGGACGAGCUGAAGCAAGAGUGCGACGAGCUAAUCUGGAGCGGGAACGAUGGAACGAAAAGCGAAGAGGCGUUUGCAGGCAAGGGAAGGCGGGUGGGGCAGGGGGUAACCAUGACGGUUCCGAGGCGUCGGGCGGGUGUGUCGGCAGCGGCAGCCGCGAGAAAUAGGCAGAGGAUAGAAAGUCUGAUGCCAAAGGGGGGACGAAAGCUGGGCGGUAGUGCAGGUAUUGCUAGACUGUGUGACCCGAGGGAAAUGGCUCUUGCUGCGGCGCAGCGAAGGGCAAAUGAUGAGGUUUGGUGCGGGGGGUCCGUAGAAGUUGUCGAGCUCGAUGACGAUGAAGAUGCAUAGCCGGAAGCGCAAAUUCGCGCAUCAAAGGAAUUCUCCAGCGCCAUCUGCAACUUGCCCAGCUCCAGCCAGACCGGGUGCCUGUGAGACAGAACGCUGCCGCUAUGGCGGCUCUGAAGAGGUUGGAGCGGAAGUGAUAGGCAUGUGGCGUGGGAUAGAUGGGGCACGAGUUGAUUGUUCUGUGGUUCCGCAAGGCUCUAAUGCCGGAAGUGGGGCGUUUGUUGCCUGGAUUCCUACACCUUUGAGAUAUCUGGGUGCGAGAGGUUUUGGAUAAAAAAGGCGUUGCCGAGCACGGCCGCGCAUGUAGUGUAUAUAUACGGGUAGUAUUGUGAUGUCGUCCAGAAGUAGAUAUUCGACGAAAGCUGACAGCAAUCAUUCUGAGAGGCAUCCAAUAUCAACAGUCUUUUGUGUACGCACAACGUUGUCACUGACACAAUUCUGUCAACGCUUCACUGGUAACUCUCAGCGUCACAACUCGUCUGAUGAUCAGCGGUGCAGAAGAAGAAUGAGCUCAAACCACUGCUGAACCUCCAGGGUGCUGUCGUAGACGCUUCUGCAUACACAUUUGACAGCAACACGGCCCGGUUCUGCAGUGGCAUAGCGCAUCAAAAAAGCCCCCGCAGCCAGAGGCACUGACCGAGCAAAGAGCUCAAUGGCGAGUCGAGCUGUUCACUGAACAAUACCUCCCGCCUUUCGUGCCCCGAUUUAUGUCUGCUAUCCUCCCUCUGAUCAAAUAUCGUAUCCGCUGGGUUCCUUAUUCCCUUGCCGACAAUGAGAUGUGCAGCGUUUGCCUUACCCCACGUUCAUUUUUGCACACUGCCUUCUAGUGUCGAGAUGACAAGUGAUCCCAGAUGAGGACACUUUUAAACUUUACAAUCAAGAUAGUUUAGAUUA